AUGAGAUCGACAUCUGUGUUUUCCGUCCUGGUUCUUGCGCCUUGCCUCGUCGCAGCCCAGUCUUCCACAGCGACCAGCGUGAAGGCGCAGUUCACUGUCCCAGCCAGUGCUGACGAUGGCGUCACCCUUCUCCCUAACAUCGAUGACCCUACUGCCGCCAAUGCCCAGGUGAAAUGUCCGGGCUAUACGGCCUCGAAAGUGAGCACGUCUUCAACGGGAUUGACGGCUCAUUUGACUCUUGCUGGCACUGCCUGCAACCUCUAUGGGACUGACGUCCAGGACUUGGACUUGACGGUCGAGUAUCAGACCUCGUCCCGGCUCCACGUCAAUAUUCGGCCGUCCCAUAUCACGUCCCAGAACCAGAGCUGGUAUCUGCUGUCCACCGACUAUGUUCCUGCUGGGACCCAGAGUGGUGGCUCGAUGACCACCAGCGACUUGACGUUCUCCUGGGCCAAUGCAAACACCACGGGAUUUGGGUUCAACGUAACUCGCAACAGCACCGGAGAUGUGCUGUUCUCGACGACAGGGACAAAACUGGUCUUUGAAAACCAGUUCAUUGAACUUGUCACCCACCAGCAAGAGAACUACAAUCUCUACGGUCUUGGGGAGGUGAUUCAUGGCUUGAGACUGGGCAACAACCUCACUCGGACCAUUUAUGCCGCCGACGUGGGUGAUCCAAUCGACCAGAACUUGUACGGCAGCCAUCCGUUCUAUCUCCAAACCAAGUAUUUCGAGGUCGACAGCGACAACAGUACAACUCUUCUGACUGAGCAGCUCAAUACGACCGAUGCCACGAGCAACUAUACCUCCUUCACUCAUGGUGUGUAUUUCCGCAAUGCCCAUGGCAUGGAAGUGCUCUUAGAAGCCAACAAUGUGACAUGGAGAACGUUGGGAGGCAGUGUUGAUUUGUACUUCUUCUCCGGACCAACACAGCCGGACGUGACACGUCAAUAUCUCAGUGUCAUAGGCUUGCCAAUGCUGCAAAACUACUGGGGAUUCGGUUUCCAUCAGUGCAGAUGGGGCUAUCAAAACUGGACCGUCACGGAAGCCGUCGUUGACAACUACGAACGCUUCGGCAUCCCGCUGGAAACAAUCUGGAACGAUAUCGACUACAUGUUUCAAUACCGGGAUUUUGACAAUGACCCGGUCCGCUUCAACUACUCGGACGGCACAGCCUUCCUCCAACGUCUCCACAGCAGAGGCCAGCAUUAUGUCCCCAUCAUUGACUCUGCCAUCUAUGUUCCCGAUCCAACCAAUGCAAGUGAUGCGUACCAGCCAUUCAAUGACGGCAACGACACCAAUUCAUUCCUCCUGAACCCAGAUGGGUCACUCUAUAUUGGCGAGGUCUGGCCUGGCUAUACCGUCUUCCCCGACUGGCUCCAACCAUCCGCCCGCGCAUGGUGGAAGAACCAGAUUGUCACGUGGCAUCAAAAGCUUCCUGUCGACGGUGCUUGGAUCGACAUGAGCGAAGUUUCCUCGUUCUGCGUCGGAAGCUGUGGCACUGGAAAUCUCACCCUAAACCCAGUGCACCCACCGUUCGGCCUUCCGGGCGAACCUGGCAACAUCAUCUACGACUAUCCAGAAGGCUUUAACUUGACCAAUGCCACCGAAGCCUCAUCAGCUUCUUCGGCUUCCCAAGCCCAGGCUACCCCGACGUCGACCGCCACAGCGUCAAGCUCAAGCUCAUCUUCAACCACAGUAAGCUAUCUGCGCUCAACGCCGACGGCAGGACAACGCAAUGUCAACUAUCCCCCCUACGUGAUCAACCACGUCCAAGGAAACCACGAUCUAGCGGUACACGCCGUCUCUCCCAACGCCACGCACCACAACGGCAUCCAAGAAUACGACGUCCACAACCUCUUCGGCCAUCAAAUCCUUCAAGCUACGUACGCUGCGCUCUUAGCUGCGAUCCCCAACAAGCGGCCUUUUGUCAUCGGCCGGUCCACGUUCCCCGGCUCUGGCACGGUGGCGGGCCACUGGGGCGGCGACAACGCUUCCAAGUUCUUUUACAUGUACUUCUCCAUCCCCCAGGCCCUCUCGUUCAGCCUCUUCGGCAUCCCCAUGUUUGGCGUCGACACCUGCGGCUUCAAUGGCAACUCGGACGAAGAGCUCUGCAAUCGCUGGAUGCAGCUCUCCGCCUUCUUCCCCUUCUAUCGCAACCACAACGUCCUCUCUGCAAAUUCCCAGGAGGCAUAUGUGUGGAGCAGCGUCAUCGACGCCACUAAGACGGCCAUGAACGUGCGAUUCCAGCUACUGCCAUACUUGUACACCCUAUUUUACAAUGCGCACACCAAGGGUGACACCGUCAUGCGUGCCCUAGCAUGGGAGUUUCCCAACGAUCCUAGCCUCGCAAACGCAGACAGGCAGUUCUUCCUGGGCCCGUCGAUCCUUGUCACCCCAGUGCUCACGCAAGGCGCCACAACCGUCAACGGCGUGUUCCCGGGCCUCGUGGAAGGCACCGACACGUACUAUGACUGGUACAACAAGUCGCCCGUCGCGGUCCCCAGCAGCAAGAACACCACCAUCGACGCCCCCCUGGGCCACAUUCCCGUCUUCAUCCGCGGCGGCAGCAUCCUGGCGACGCAGCAGAUGGCCAUGACGACGCGCGACGCUCGCAACACCUCCUGGAGCAUCAUCGUCGCCCCGGGUGUGGAUGGUUCCGCCAACGGCUCUCUAUACCUGGACGACGGCGAAAGCCUGUCUCCCAACGCGACCAAGCUAGUCACCCUGACGAGCUCGGCCUCGGCACAGAACGGGUCGUCGUUCAGCCUCAACGUGACCGUCUCAGGUUCCUACACCGGUCUCGACCUCCCGCUGGCCAACGUCACGUUCCUGGGGGUGCAGACCGCACCGGCCAACACCUCCGUCACCAUCAACGGUCGUGCCGUCGCCAACGCCACGUACAAUGCCGCGAGCAAGGCCUUGAGCAUCACCGGCCUGAGCAAUGCGCUAGGAAGAAAAGUCUGGAGCGGAAACUGGACACUGACGGCGUAG